ACAUUCCCGAAAUGCAACACCUUGUAACAUAAACAUGGCGGACGACAGUUGAAAGAACGCGCUUGAAGAGAAAGAAGUAUGGCUGGUAAGGAUUACACUGUCUACAGAGAUGACCUGGCAUUUUCACAAGAUGAUGCUCAAAAUGGUGUAUUGUUGAGUCGGUUGGAAGGCAAACUGAUGGAGAUCCGAUCGUACCACAUUAAUUGGGAAUCCUACCAUCAAGGUCAAAUGAUCUCACAAGCUGACUAUCAAUUUGUCAGUCAUUAUGACCGUCAACCCGAAGAGGCGAAAAAAAAACUAUUUGAAGAUAAUCCAGAAAAGUGUAUAAUGACACUCUUGUCACUGAUUGGACAUGUUGCAAAAGAACAUGUGAUACAAUACUCAUUAGUUAUGCUAGAUGAUAUUCUCGCAAAAUCCAAAGACAGAGUAAAACAAGUACAUGAUGUUGCUUUAAAAAAUGACUUGAACAUCUGGCCUAUUCUUGUAACACUUUUAAACCGAGACGAUUCUAUUGUUAUGCAUAUGGCGAGCCGCCUGAUCACUAAAUUGGCUACCUUGAGUCGCUAUCGUUGUCCAGAUUCUGAUUUAAUUUAUUUCCUGAAUUGGUUAAAAGUUCAAUUAUGUUCUCCAGGCAAUGAGUAUCUUCAGAGUGUGGCAAAAUGUAUUCAAUUGUUGAUGCGUAUCGACGAUUACAGAAUGCCUUUUGUCAAAGCUGAUGGAAUUAACAGCAUCGUUUCAGUUCUACUAAGCAAUCUUGGCUUUCAGCUUCAAUAUCAACUUAUCUUCUGCAUCUGGAUGUUGUCCUUUCAACCAGAAAUUGCUGCAAAGGUUGGCGAAAACAAUGUUAUUCCAAUAUUGGCUGAUAUCUUGCGAAAUUCACAAAAAGAAAAAGUGACACGUAUUAUUAUCCAUACGUUUAAGAAUUUAUUGGAAAAGCCAGAGAACUGCAAGACAGCUUGUGUUUCACUCAUCCAAAGCAAACUAGUUCCUGUCUUGAAUGUGUUAAGUAGCAAAACUUGGACUGAUGAAGAUAUCAAAGAUGAUAUUGAAUACGUUUCUGAAAAGUUACAAGAUAGUGUGCAAGAUCUAAGUACUUGGGAUGAGUAUGUGGCAGAAGUGAAAUCUGGUCGACUUGAAUGGAGUCCAGUUCAUAAACAGGAAAAAUUUUGGAGAGAGAAUGCAAUUAAAAUUUGUGAGAAGAAUUAUGAAUUACUAAAAGUGUUAGUGAAGCUACUAGAGUACAGUACCGAUCCAUUAAUACAAGCUGUAGCGUGCCACGAUCUUGGAGAGUUCAUAAGACAUUAUCCACGAGCUAGACCUGCUUUCGAUGCUUUGGGAUGUAAAGAGUUGGUGAUGUUACGAAUGACGCAUGAAGAUGAGCAAGUCAAAUAUGAAGCGCUUUUAGCUGUCCAAAAGCUUCUCGUCCACAACUGGGAAUUCCUGGGAAAGCAAGUCAAAGUGGAAUAAAGCGUUAUUUUUAAUAUUGAAUAUUUUUUAUCAAAUUUAAUUUAAAACUCACUUUAGAUUAUUUAUCCAAGGAAAAUUCACGAUUACAAAAUAAUUUCAUAUAAUAUUGUUUUUAUUAACGUGUUUUAAUAAUAUGCCACUGUGCUGAAAAGUUUAAACUUGUAUUUUGUAAGAAUUCCGUUCUUGUGGAAAUGGCAUAUUGAUUUUUUUGCAGGAUUAUUAGCUAUGUGAUAUGUGAAUCAGCUUAAGGAACAUAAAUGUCAACCCAUAUGAAAUUUUUAAAAUGCUUGUAGCUAAAUUCUUAUCUAUGGUGGCUAAAUUCUUAUCUAUGGUAGCUAAAUUCUUAUCUAUUAUAUAGUACUCUUUUACAAUUUAUGAUAUUGCGAAGCUAUUUUUUGUUUUAUUUUAAACAUUUGAAGGAGAGGGCAUCAGAAUUUUUGGGAUGCGUUUUUGUUCCAGUACUACUAACUUAAGGGAAUUAGUUUUCGCGAGAAAUUUUAAAAUUUGCGAAUUUAGUGAAAAGGAAUCUCAUUUUAUAUCGUUUUCAAAGGCUUGAGACGCAGACUGAAGUUGAAAUUCACAUAAAUAUUGUAUGUCGUUCUUGCUAAUUCAGAAAAUAAACCAAGUGUAAAUCGGUUUUCAAAAAACUCACGAAAUUUGCGCCGUAAAAAUUAAUUCCCCUAAUGUACACUCUUUUUUCAUAAACACACUUUUUACGCUUCGCUCACACAGAGUCUGUUAUCGUCACUUCUAAUCAUCCUAUACUUGCUAACUUUUGUAGAUAUUAUAUUACCAACAUGUUGCAGUUGUAAUAAAACACAGAAACGAUUCUUUUGCUUUUGAUAAAACAAAAAUAUGAUUCUCAAUUUAUCA